AGUGGGAAUCCUCUGUUCAAAAAAAGCUGCCAACGUCCCCCUUGUAAGAGACUGUUUUCUGUUUUCAGUGCUACCCAAUAGACGAUAAAAGAGGACCGAAAUAUGCUCUCCACAAGCGGGACACGGGUUUAUUUUCGUUGAGUCUGAAGAAAAGCUCCUCACUUCAAUUACGCUUCAGUUUGAGACAAGAAAGAAGAAAGAAAACGCUGCUACAAGUCGUGCAGGUGGUAAAUCCACACGUUGAGCCAGAUCACACCGAGAUUCAACAUCCACCAACUUUCUCGUCUCACCUGAGCCUGACAAAGAAAGGUUAACAUGUCUGUGGAGAGUUACUCUGCGCUGGAUGAGUCCUCCCUCCGAGCAUUGCUGGAUGGAACCGUGGAUCUGGACGAGAGGCGUCUCAUCCGUUCAGCCAUCCGGGAUUUGAGGAGGAGGGAGAUCGAAGACAUGGAGGCUGCUCUGGCCAGCAAGAGAUUUAGACCCACACGCCUCAAACAGCAGGAGGACAAGGAGAACCAGCACAGGUCAGAAUCCAGUGAUAACUUGGACGUCCUGUCACGAAAACUGCAAUCAAUCCAGGACAUCGAUGAGCUCACGAAAAUGCUCCGUGCUGCCAGCGAGUAUGAGGAGAGGAAGAUGAUCAGAGCAGCCAUCCGACAAAUCCGAGAUGAACAGCAGCUAGGGACUGUGGAGCGGGGUAAAGGUCCAGGUCGCUACCUGGAGCCCGAGAGUGUGGAGCCCCAGAGCAGCAUGGGAACUGGGGAGACAGAGCGGGAGAGUCACAGUGAGCGAGAACAUAUCAGAUCUCAGAUUCGGGAGUUACGCAGCCAACAGACACAACAAACCCGAGAGCUGCAGAGAAUAGGCUCCAACUCAGGCAUGGUGUUGGUACUUGAUCACCUGGUGAAGGAUGAUGGCUCUGGACCUCUGCUGAUCCAGCCUCCGAGAGAGGCUGUGACCACAGAGCCUGAGCUGGUCCUAUCUCAUCGUCAAAGGUCAGACUCUUCAGCUUCAGACCGCAGCGUGACCUCUGGGCUUUCAAGGUCCAAUCUGGAUUCUGUGACCUCGGAGAAGAGUCUGGGAUCCGCCUACAGAGCCCGGCUGGACUCUGGAGCCUCAGACAGGAGCCAGAGUCCCUCCCAGCGUGGUCGGCUAGACUCUGGAGCAUCAGAGCGAAGCAUCAGCUCUCAGUCCUACGUCAGACAGAGACUGGGCUCAGAUGUCUCAGACUCCGGCGUCAGACCCCGUUUCGGUUCUGGGGCUUCAGACAGCGUUGGUCUUUUGUCGAGGAAACGGACUGACUCGGGGACAUCUGAUCAGAGUGUGAGUAUGUCCUCUGAGGAGAGGGGUCCAGUGGAGGAGGUGGAGGUAGCCAUGAGUGGUUCAACUUACAGCACAGAUUCAGAAACCGAGAGCAGAAGCCACGGCCCAGCAAGUCUCCAGGCUCAGUCCAACCAGGACCAUAUCAUUGACCAAGAGCAACCCGAUGGGGCACUUUUAUCUCGGAGAGAUCCUGCAAAUGGGAUGCUCAACGGUAGCAGCAAGGGGAAAAAUGACUUGCAGAAACAACAGAUAACAGUUAACAGUGAUCUGCCCCUCACUCACGGCAAAGCAAAGGAUUCUGCGCCUGAGAAGAAAGAUGUUGUACUGGAACAAUUUAACCGCACCAACUCUGUGCGUGAUCGAAUGCGCAAGUUCACAGAGCCCAGUCAGAGCCAAAAUGUCCCAGCUGUGAAGAAAGCUCCUCUGAGGAAUGGGACCAUCUCCGGCAGCAGCGGCCAGGCAAAUCUCUCCAAAGCCACUGAGCUGUUUACACACACAGCAGCAUCCCUCAGCACAUCUGGAGACAGGCCAGCAAGGCCACACGUGGACUCCACGUCUCACACCUCUGCCGCAUCCCAGAGUCACACCACACCUCAGCCAAGAGGUGUGGCUAACAAACCUCUGUCUUCAGCUAGCCAAUGGCAGAACUCCAUGGGUGGGACGAGGCAUCCAGCUGAAAAAGAUGUGCACGCCUCCAGUAACUCAAAGGAAGACAGGACCCCAGGGAGAGCAGCUGGACAGCAGGUCACCCAGGGAGAGGCAGACCCGGACAUGAAGACUUUCCUCACGAUCGAGAUCAAGGAUGGGCGCACCACCACCUCCUCUACAUCCUCUGCUAGGGGCAACAUUGUGCCCAUCACCAACAUGACCCCACGCAUCAACACUAAUGCUCUGGGACAGAGAGCAGAGUUGACCCUUGGCCUCAGAGCGACACCAUUUAAGAUCUCCUCAUCCAGCCUCUCCUCCGGAUCCUCCAUCAAGAUGGAGACAGAGCCCGUUGUGGCCUCUGAGCCGGUGUUUUCAUCUGUCCAGGUGCCGUGUCAUGUCCCAGCCAUCCCCAACGGCUCCAGCACUCUGGCCAAGCCUGAUGAGCGCUCCGGAAAACUGACUGCUGAACAGCUGGCUGCUAUCGAGGAUGAAGAGCUCCUUGACAAAAUGCUCGAUGAGUCAAAAGACUUUGAGGAGAGGAAGAUGAUCCGUGCAGCCAUGAGAGACCUUCGCAAGCGAAAGAGAGAGGUCAUGCUGGGAUGUACUCAAGAGGAAAUAGACCAGAGAGAAAAGGAGCGCGAGACCCGUCUGCAGGAGCUCCGGCAGCAGAGAGAAGCACAGAAGGGUCGCGCUGGGGUCGGAGCAGGAGAGGUGGUAAUGAGGAAGGUGGAGAAGUCAGCGGAUGGCUCCAGCCACAGUCAAGUCACCAAGACAGACCGCUUCGCCAAGUCUGAUGAUGGGAGCAGAUCAUCACGCAGCACUAUGGUUGAGGCCAGUUAUGUGCAGAAAACAGACAGAGGGACAGUCCAGUCAAAAUCAUACAGCUUUAGCUCUUCCACAUCAUCCUCUUCCUCUAACACAAGCAAAAAAGUGGGCAGUGUGUUUGAUCGCGAGGAUGACUCAUCAUCUCGCAGCGGCGGCGGUGGUUUGGCCGCUGUGGAGCGGAGGCAGGCGGAGAGGCGCAAGGAGCUGAUGAGGGCUCAGACACUGCCGAAGACCUCUGCCAUGCAGGCCCGCAAAGCCAUGAUAGAGAAGCUGGAGAAGGAGGGAGGAGGCCCUGGAAAUCAAGCGGUCGCCAAGGUAAACAAGGUUCAGCGUUCCACCAGCUUUGGAGUGCCCAACGCAAACUCCAUCAAGCAGAUGCUGCUCGACUGGUGCCGCGCCAAGACCCGCUCCUAUGAGCAUGUGGAUAUUCAAAAUUUUUCAUCCAGCUGGAGUAAUGGCAUGGCAUUUUGUGCCCUGGUGCACAAUUUUUUCCCUGAAUCGUUUGACUACAGCGCCCUGAGCCCCAGCAACCGCAGGCAAAACUUUGAGGUUGCCUUCAGCACUGCAGAGACCUACGCCAACUGCAUGCCAUUGCUGGAAGUGGAGGACAUGAUGAUCAUGGGUAAUAAACCCGACUCCAAAUGUGUCUUCACCUACGUACAGUCUCUGGUCAACCACCUGCGCAGAUACGAGAUGUCCAUGGGUCGGCCCUGUGACCUUCUGGUCAGUUAAGCGUUCAGCCCUCAACGUGGCGUCAACCCCAACCUCCUUCUCCCAUCACCAGCCCUGACCACUCCUCAGCUCCAUCCUCACCUGAUGACCGCCCUCACACUGACAGCGCAGGUCACAGAGUUACACAUCCGUGAGGGACAAGUUAGGGAUUGUGUGUGUGUGUGUGUGUGCGUGUGUUUAUCAGAUUGCGUAUUAUCUUUGUUGGCAGUGGUGAUGUGUAUACAAUAUUUCAGUUCUCCUCUGAACACAGUGUUAAGUCCAUCUUUCUCCAGCGAGAGGGCACCAAAGUUUUUUAAAAGACUACCUUUUAAGCUUUAAAGUUUUGUACUCAAAAUCAGCUUUGUACUAGGUGAUAUUUAACCACAGUGGCUGUUUCACUACGCCACCGUACUGAAAAACACAUCAAGAGAGAAGAGAAAUAUUUUUAUAGUAUUUCCCCUAUUAAUUUAUUUAUACCUACAUUUUUUCUGCUACACAUUUGUAAUUAUUAUUUGCUAGCAUUGCUGUUGCUGGUAAUUAUAACUGAAGAACAAAAACAUACCCUACCAUAUGAUGCGUUAUUUGGUUUCAUUUCGGUACUUUUUAAUUUUUACCAAACGUGGUUGGCUUAAAGUAUUUUAACUAAGUUAUUAUUCUCAUGUUCAUGUAAGCAAUUAGCAUAUUACUAUUUAAAACAUGAGCACAGGAGUGUUCUCUUUUCAUUGCUCACAUGGAUGCAGCAUUAUUGCUUGAGUCCAACACUGAGUAAUCUCACCUUUCUGAACUAUACAGUGCUACUGAGAACAUGUUUCAGGUUUUAUGAACAUUGCAUCAACAAUAAUAUUAUUCUAACAACAAAAAUGUCUGUAGUCCAGCAAGUUUUGCUCUGUUUGUCUGACAGCAUAUGUACAAAAAAAAAACUCACAGCGGUGCUGCCAUCAUCGCCCAGCAUCACUGCCUUGUCCUGCCAAACACACUCACACACAGCUCUUUUAGCGGGCUACUUAUUUAUGCUUGAGUAGAUUUUUUUUUAAAUAUAUUAUUUUGUAUUUUGUUAGUGUGUACAAUAUGCUUUCAAAGGUUUUGUUCAAAGUGAGUCGAUAAACUCAAGCUACCACAAUGUUUUGUGAAACGAAUCGCAGUCACUCUUUGGACAAAUUAACAGGCAUGAUGAAAGCCGGCUUUCUGUUUAAAGUUUAUAAGCAAUAAUGACUGAACAUUACUGCCUAUUGUUUAUUUUAUGACAUUAAGCUAGGGAAAAUUUUAAUCCAGCUUGUAAAAUUAUGGUUCCUUUUGAGAUGUCUAAAAUCCAAUCAGAGCUGAUUUUGAUGAAAUGUAUUUCUUAAAGCUCUGUUUUUGUAGAUUUAGAAAAAUGACUUGAGAAUUAUUCCACUGCUGCCAACUGAAAAAUGAAUACCUUCCACAAGGCAGUGAGUGCUGUACAUAAGAGCUUAAACACAUUAUAAUUUCAUGUUUCUGUGCACUACAGUUAAAUGUGAAUGGAAAUUAAACCAAUUUGAGAAAUGAA